AUGUUCAACAGCCCGGCCAAAUAUAUAGUAGGGUCACGUGAGAGCCCUCCGCCCGACCCCAGUGGCCAGCGAGAACCCAAUUUCUUUUCCUGCCCCUUACGGGAAGGUGAUGUCAUCAGAGGCGAUGGCAAAGACUGUGACACAUACACUAUAAUGAAGGUGUUGGGCCAAGGGGCUUAUGGCCAGGUGUUUGUGGUUGGGUCAUCUCGUCACAGAAGGGCCUACUGUCUCAAGCGAGUACCCCUACGGGAGCUUAGCCAUAGGCAGCGAGAGCAGGUGAAACAAGAGGUCCAUCUUCUAGAGACCCUCAAGGGUCAUCCUAAUAUCGUCUGGUUUCACAAGGUAUGGUGUAUAUCAUUUACGCUCAGGUAUUGCUCUUCGGGAGACCUAGGAGCUCACAUAAAGUGCUUAUGGGAGGGUGGAACGCCUCCCAGAAGGUUAGAGGACUUAGCCAUUGAUUGGCUCAUUCAGAUGUGCCUCGCACUGCAAGCUUUGCAUUCGCGCCGGGUACUUCACCGCGAUAUGAAGACCGGGAAUGUUUUCCUCCUACGUCCAGCUAGUGUGGGAGAGGGUAGCCUGGUUCUCAAGCUCGGGGACUUCGGUGUGAGCAAGAUGCUGGAGGAUCAUCCGGCGAACCCGAUGCACUCUAAAGUGGCCUUGGCCUCUACCAUGAUAGGGACGCCGGUAUACAUGUCCCCUGAGAUGUACAGGGGGAAGCCCUAUGGCUUCGAGGCCGACAUUUGGGGGCUCGGCUGUGUGCUGUACGAAGUGUUGCAUGGCCGAUACGCCUUUGAAGCUGACAGUCUGCAAGGACUGGCAUUGAAGAUCAUGAAAGGCCGGCAUGGGCCUGUCACCUGCAACCCGAGGGGCGGCCGGCNNNNGUCUCUCUGGCUAUUUCGUUAUCGUUUAUCUAUCGCAUAA